UUUCCCUCUAUUCUCUCCAGUCUCCCGCUUAUCUCUUCACUUCCUGUCCUUUUCAAGCGCCAGAGAUUUCCCAAUCAAAAGAUAAAAAAACAAAGGUAGAAAAAAAGGGACUUUACCUACCGGAUUAAAAUUCAGUUACUUACGAUUCCGUCUCCCAAACCCCUUAAUCUCCUUCUGGAUUUCGAUUCUCUGUUGGGUAUUUGCACAAUCCGUCAAAGAUUCUUCCUUUCGCCUUCAUCCCAUUUUGCUCUCUCUGCUGUCUUUUUCCCAACGGCGGCUCUUUUAUUUUCAUCACAAGCCAUCAUCAUCAUCAAUCCCAAACAUCUGCAAGGUUUUGACUUCACCAUGGAAACUACCCUCAAUGACAAUGCUAACACCAUGGCUUCAGACCCUCAGAGAACUUACCAAGUUGUGGUAGCUGCAACUAGAGAAAUGGGUAUUGGUAAAGACGGGAAAUUGCCAUGGAAUCUGCCUACUGAUCUCAAGUUCUUCAAUAACAUAACUCUAACCACAUCAGAUUCCUCCAAGAAGAACGCUGUCGUGAUGGGUAGAAAAACUUGGGAGUCUAUUCCCAUCAAGCAUAGGCCGCUUUCGGGUCGGCUUAACGUUGUUCUGACUCGUUCUGGUGGUUUUGAUAUAGCCAACACUGAGAAUGUUGUGACUUGCAGUAGUGUAGAUUCUGCUCUUGAUCUGUUAGCUGCUCCGCCUUAUUGUUUAUCUAUUGAGAGGGUGUUUGUUAUAGGAGGCGGUGAUAUAUUGAGGGAAGCGUUGAACAGUCCUAAUUGUGAUGCUAUUCAUUUGACUGAGAUUGAUACAAGUAUUGAAUGUGAUACGUUUAUACCUGCGGUUGACACUUGUGUUUAUCAGCCCUGGUGCUCAUCGGUUCCUAUGACUGAAAAUGGACUCCGGUUUCGCUUCACGAGUUUUGUGCGUGUGAAAAGUUCUGCGGAUGAGUCCUCUGGUGAAAGCAAUGGGUCACAGUGCCUUCAGUUUGAUGGGAAGAAGUUAUUGUUUCUUCCCAAGAUGAUCUUUGAUCAGCAUGAGGAGUUCCGGUAUUUGAAUCUUGUUGAAGAUAUUAUCUCGAGUGGUAAUGUGAAGAACGAUAGGACCGGGACUGGUACAUUAUCAAAAUUUGGUUGCCAGAUGCAAUUCAAUUUACGCAGAAGUUUUCCACUUCUGACAACAAAGAGAGUUUUCUGGAGAGGUGUUGUUGAGGAGCUUCUUUGGUUCAUAAGCGGCUCAACCAAUGCAAAGGUCCUUCAAGAGAAAGGCAUCCACAUAUGGGAUGGGAAUGCGUCAAGAGAGUAUCUUGAUGGCAUCGGCUUGACAGAGAGAGAGGAAGGCGACCUUGGACCUGUGUAUGGAUUUCAAUGGAGACACUUUGGUGCUAAGUACACAGACAUGCACGCUGAUUAUACUGGUCAAGGAUUUGAUCAGCUCGCAGAUGUAAUCAACAAGAUCAAGAACAAUCCUGAUGAUCGGCGUAUUGUAUUGUCGGCUUGGAAUCCUUCUGAUCUUAAGUUAAUGGCACUUCCUCCAUGCCAUAUGUUUGCACAGUUCUAUGUGGCAGAAGGAGAGCUCUCAUGUCAAAUGUAUCAACGUUCAGCUGACAUGGGCCUUGGUGUGCCGUUUAACAUUGCUUCCUACUCUCUUCUUACUUGCAUGCUCGCUCAUGUGUGCGAUCUUGUUCCUGGCGAUUUUAUCCAUGUUAUUGGGGAUGCUCAUGUGUAUCGAAAUCAUGUGAGGCCUCUGCAAGAGCAACUUCAGAAUCCACCAAAACCUUUUCCUAUUUUGAAGAUAAACUCAGAGAAGAAACACAUUGACUCUUUUGUGGCUACUGACUUUGACCUCAUAGGCUAUGAACCUCACAAGAAGAUAGAGAUGAAAAUGGCAGUUUAGGGACCAUCUCCUACUGGGAUACUACAGUGAGUAAAGAGACCAAAAGCUUGUUUUUUUCGUGUACUUUGGAGGAUGUAAAGUGUAAGAUUGACCCCUCAAGGUCUCGAUCUAAAUACCCUUUUGUGGGUGAUAAUUAUCACAGAUAAAUGUGUUGGAAUCCUUUAGUUCCACAGGGUUCUAAGGCGAUUUAGGGGUUUAUAUUUUAUGACCAUGGUCUUUUCUUGUUGUGAGUUUCCUGAACAAUUUGGAGCUUGAAAAUUAUUGGCCUGAUUUACUAUCCUGAUCUU